CAAAUCCCUUCUCUUAUAUUAAUUCCUCCAAACUGUCAUACCUUUCUCUCUCUCAUUCUCUGCAAAAAUGGCUGACAAGAAGCAUGAAAAGAAGAAGAAAGUUGGCAUGAAGAAGGUCGGCCCACUAUGCAAAUGCUUGAAAUCGCUGUUUGCGGUCCUGUCCAAGGCCCGGGACUUCUACGUGAGGAGCAUCAUCAACUGCUCGGGCCGGGCACGAUAUGGUCCCUCCUCAAGCCAGCUCCAGGGUCUGCCCAAGAGCAUCAGCUCCAGCUCCUCAAAGUCGACUGUCCUAUACACCGAUGAGGACAUCCGAGAGCUCAUUCGGGCUGCUUCUAGACAGAGCCUUAGGGACAAGAUCGUGCUUGAAAUUCCGCCAGAGCAUUAUGGUUACUACAAUAAUAUAAGUGGUAAGAUUGCUCGGAGCUUUACAUCUGGGAUCGGGAGGAUCGAUGAGGACAAGCCAUGCGAGUUCGGGGAGGACGUUAGGGUUGAUGUGAGCAUGAACGCUCUUUGUCCUAGGAGCAAAAGCCAUGCUGUCGCAAGAAGAGGGUUUAUUGUCUCGUAAAGCAACAUUCGAUGCGCCAUUAUGCUGAGUCACGGCUAAUUCAGGGUUCGUAUGAACGUGACGAUGGGGCAUAAGAAAAGAUGUUGGGGAGCUCCCUUGAUUUCUUUUCUUCAUUUCUUCAUAAGAUCGUCUUCGCUGUUUUUGGAUGUGUGGUUUUAUCUAACAUUGUAUAUGGCUAAGCUAAUAGUUAAUGUAUCAAUUUUUUGGACUCU